AGAUUCCUGGCAUGUGGGGUUAAAGGACCACUGCUACUUAAACUUGUUCCAGCUGGAGUGAAAUUCCUGCUGAAUUCUUCAGUUCUUGUGGUUUACGAGCGGGUCUCUCUUCAGUCUCCUGCUCCUGCCCCCUCUGAGGUUAUCAGGUGGGAAUGUAACUUUAUCCGCUCUGUACGGAACGCUGACCAAAGCCGUCUGGAGGAGGACGGCAGGCUAAAGUUAGGGAGAGUAGAGGACUGGUCACUGAGUGCACAGAUCACUUCCUCAGGCGAGAGAGAGACAGAGAGAGAGAGAGAGAGAGAGAGAGCACUUAAAGGACAAAACAACUCGUGCUGCCUCAGUUUGCAUUGUGCAACUCUGUACGACACAUUUGGAGGUGAUUUCCGUUCAGCUGGGUUUUGCUCUCCUCCCUUUUACUCACUUUCUCCUCCUCUGAAGAGAGAGAGAGAGAGAAGACUAGGAGAAGCGUGGUAACAGAGAUCCUCACAUGUCUCAGCAGGAUCAGCGGUUCAGGAGAAGAGCGAACGCGAGGUGCAGUGAAUGCAGCUGUGUGCUCUCUUACUGGUACUAUGAAAGGAAUGGAGAGGUGUUCUGUAAGAAAGACUACUGGGCUCGCUUUGGGAAACAGUGUCGAGGUUGCUCAGAAAUCAUCACCACCGGCGUGAUUAUGGUGGCUGGAGAGCACAAGUAUCAUUCAGAAUGCUUCAUCUGUGAAAAGUGUAGCAUGUUCAUUGGAGAUGGGGAUUCAUACACGUUAGUGGAGCACUCCAAAUUAUACUGUGGCCACUGUUACUAUCAGUGUGCAUCAGUGAGGCAUCCAGGUGCAGACUGCUCCAGGCUCCCUCAUACAGUGGCGUUGGUGUCAUUCCCUCCCUCAGCAGAAGGCAGGAGAGGUCUUUCUCUGAGUGUGGAUCAGUGCUCGGUCAAUGGAAACAGCCCCAUUAUCACAGUAUCUCAAUUAGACUCAUGCAGCAGUCUGGAGAUGAAGGGCCUGAUUCAUGUUGGAGACUCUGUUCUUGAGAUCAAUGGCAUCUCUGUCCAGAACAUUCCACAUAAUGAGAUUGACAUGAUGAUUCAUGACAUUGAGCGCUGCCUGAAGCUCACUGUAGAGCACAACCCUAAUGGCCUCCACAAUCAGGAAGAUCCAUUUGAACCACUGAAAGAAGAGUCAGACCGACCAGGAAAACUGGACAUCUUCCUUCCUCAGAGUCAUAGUCCCCGGCAACGCUCCAGACACAUUCUACGGAGCUGCAGCAUAGAUAAAACUCAGUGUACACAAAGCCACUUGCCACUGCUUUCUCACAGAAGAGACAUUAAUCGCUCAGAGUCUUUACGUAUCGACCCUGUUGACAAGACACAACGCAUCUUCCGCCCCUCUGACCUCAUAUAUGGAGAGGUUCUGGGAAAGGGCUUCUUCGGACAAGCCAUUAAGGUGACGCAUCAGGAAACGGGUGAAGUCAUGGUGAUGAAGGAACUUUUGCGUUUUGAUGAGGAGACCCAGCAGACGUUUCUCAAAGAGGUAAAAGUGAUGCGCUGUCUGGAUCACCCAAAUGUGCUGAAGUUCAUUGGCAUCUUAUUCAAAGAUAAACGACUGAACCUCAUCUCUGAAUAUGUUCCAGGAGGGACACUGAGGGAAACAAUACAGAAAAUGGACAACGAUUAUCCCUGGAAUCUCAGAGUAAGCUACGCAAAGGACAUCGCUGCAGGAAUGGCCUACCUGCAUUCCAUGAAUAUUAUACAUCGAGAUCUGAACUCCCAUAACUGCCUUGUUAAAGAGAAUCAGACUGUGGUGGUGGCUGACUUUGGGCUGGCCCGGCUCGUGAGGGAGGAUAAACCCCUUAGACGGAACUCUACUCCUGAACAAAUGUCCAGUCUGAAAAAGCCACAAAGGAAGAAAAGGUAUACAGUAGUGGGGAAUCCAUACUGGAUGGCACCAGAGAUGAUUCGAGGAAUAAGUUAUGAUGAACGAGUUGACAUCUUCUCUUUCGGAAUCAUUCUGUGUGAGAUUAUUGGUCGAGUGUAUGCUGAUCCAGACUAUCUACCUCGCACUAUGGAAUUUGGACUGGGAGUGAACGAAUUUCUGGAGCGCUACUAUCCCACCGAAUGCCCACCUUCCUUCUUUCCUCUUGCUGCUCUUUGCUGUGACACGGAAAUAGAAAAACGUCCCACAUUUGCAAAGUUAGAAGAAUGGCUGGAGAACUUGCUGAUGCAUCUGGACAUUGGUCUUCCUCUAAUGUCAGAACUGGAGAAGGUGCGGCAAGCAUUUUGGGAGAAACAUAGCCAGUCUCAGCGGGGUAAUGGAUUUCUGUGUAAUCAAAAGGGGACUCCAGUAUGAAGCCAAAGGUGAACGGUGCUGUGAAUGGUUGACUUCAGGAGUUCAGCUUCCUACUGUGUGACUUAAGUGUAGACAGGCACUGUAGCACCAUCAAUAUAUCAUUCAGCAAAAAGACUAGAAUUUAACAAAACAUUGUUGGUAAAAGACUGUUCUCAAAACUAUACCACAGGUGCAUUACCAUAUUGUAGGUACGCACGCUCUCAUUUUUUUGUCUACCCUCUAUACUUAAGUGAUAAAUACUGUGAAACCAUGCAUCAAACUUGAGGUAUAAACUGGAUGAGACUGUAUUUGUUAAAUGUAGCAUAUAACUGUGUAUAAUUUAUUUCAAAUUGACCUUUCUACAACAGUGUUUAAAAAGAAUGGAUGUUUUAUUUUCUUCCACUUCAAUAAAUACAAUGGAAAUUUGUUCACACAAUGUAGAGUCAUAGAAACAAUGUAUUUAGAAUUAUUUUUGCAGACUUUCAUUAAAAAACCAGUAUUGAUAUGUUUCUGGAAAGCUGUAAUAAACAUAGAUGAACUGUG